AUGGGCAGUACUCAGUUCGAUCGGGCUAUCAUUAGCUGCUGUCUAGGUCCUAUUUUCGUCUUGCGGGAUGUUGCAUUUACUGUCGGGUCUUACUGGGAGGCUGGGGGUUUUUCGAAGAUUGGGAGAUUGGUAGAUCCAGCUAGGCAGGUUUUGGAUCCUCGGUGGAUCCCUCCAACAUCUCCUUUCAUUAAAAUCAACGUUGAUGCUAGCUGGUCUAAGGAGUCUAAAAUGGGUUUUGUUGGGGUGGUCCUACGUGCGGAUGGGGGGAGUUUUGUGGUGGCUGCGAGGUAUGUUAUCUUAUCCCCCAAUGUUGCUGCGGCUGAAGCUUGUGCGUUAUUGCGUGGCUGUGAAUUGGGUUCCGCUUUAGGUUGUAGCUCGGUCAUUUUGGAAUCGGAUUCUCGUGAAUCCAUUUCUUGUCUUUCUGGCUCUUUGGAUUCUGGCAGUUGGGAGGCUUUUCCUAUCUUGGUAAGGGUCAAGCAAUUGUGUGAAGCUUUCCAGUUCUGUCGCUGGUCUUGGGUUCCAAGAUCAGCCAAUUCUUCGGCGGACUUUCUUGCGUCGGUUGGCUGUCCGGAGAUGUGUGAUCGGGUUUGGGUUAACAGACCCCCAUCUUCGUUGGUGCAUGUUCUGAAUAAGGAUGGUCUUCCUUGUCCGCCUUGA